AUGAGCAACCAGCCGGCUGGCACCGGUUUCAGCUUCUCCCCCAACAUGCAGCCUGGCGGCCAGGCCGCCAGCGGCACCCCCGGCUCCACUGGCUUCGGUGGAACUAGCUUCGGGACCAGCACUUUCGGAUCAGGUGGAUUUGGCACCGCAGCUACUGGCACCACUGGCACUGGCUUUGGCGCGGCUCCUGCCACUGGUGGCUUUGGCUCCACCAGCUUCGGGGCGACUCCCGCUAGUGGCGGCUCCGGCGCCACCGGCUUCGGCAGCGGUGCUACCCCGGCCGCUGGGGGCUUCGGCUCCGCCGGCUUCGGUGGUGCCGCCGCUGCUCCGGCCACUGGUGGCGGCUUCGGCUCAGGCACCACCGGAUUCGGUGCCUCCGCCACGGGUACAGGCGGCUUUGGCGCCGCUGCCCCGGCCACUGGCGGCUUUGGCGCUGCUGCCGCUGCUCCUGCUGCGGCCCCUGCUGCGGGUGGCUUUGGCACCGGCGCCAGCACCCCGGCUGCCGGUGGCUUUGGCACAGCUGCCCCCGCUGCCGCUCCGGCUUCCAUCAGCUUCGGCACUGGCGCGACCCCGGCCACAGGCGGUUUUGGAGCCACAGCUUCCACCGCUGCCACUCCGGCCUCCGGUUUCGGCACCGGUACCACUGGCGGCUUCGGUACCAGUGCUACUACCGACAACAAGCCAGCUACCACGGGAUUCACCAUGCCCACCUUCGGAGCCCCUGCCUCGGCCCCCACCGCGGCCACCGAUUCCGCCACCAAGCCCACCGGUUUCGGCAGUGCCAGUACCACCUCCGGCUUUGGCGCAGGUGGCUUCGGCUCGACAUCUGCUGCUCCGAGCACCACCACCACCACCGCCCCGACGGCCGAUGCCAAGCCGACUGCUGGCACCGCUGCGCCCUCCUUCAAAUUCGGUGACACAAGUUUCGGCAGCACCUCAGCGGCGACGACGACGUCAUCGGCGACGGGCACCACCGCCACCGGUGCCACUGAGACCAAGCCCGCGUCCUCUGGCUUUAACUUCGGCUUUGGCAGCACCCCGGCCACCACUGCCGCCGCUGACGCCAAGCCUGCCACCGCUGCUCCUGCCCCGGGGGGCUUCUCCUUCGGUCCGACUUCUGCCGCGACGACCGCCGCCGCUCCUGCCGCCACUGCCGAAGCCAAGCCGGCUGCAUCUUCGGGUUUCACCAUGCCCACGUUUGGCAUGACCUCCUCGAGCACCGCCACCGAGACUGCCAAGCCGGCCACGGGUGGAUUCGGCUUCAAUCCUGCCACCACCACCACCACCACCAGCACCAGCACCACGGCCACUGGUGAUGCCUCGCCCAAGAAGACCAAGCCGACCGGUUCAACUGGUUUCGGAUUUGGUGCUGGCAUCGUGGCGGGGGCUCCUUCCACUCCGGCAGCCGACUCGGCUGGCGGUGCCCCGGCCACGCCGGCUGGCGCUUUCUCCUUCAAUAACAAGGCCACCAGCGGCACGACCACCGGCACCGCCGGCACCACCGCCGCAGCUCCGACUGCCACUGCUGGCACUGGGGCGGCCGCUCCGGCCGGCAUCACCUCGGGAUUCACCAUGCCCAGCUUUGGCGGGUCAUCUUCGAGCACCACUGCCACCGGCACCGGCACCGGCACCGGCACCGGCACCACCACCACCACCACCGACACGGCCGGCCCCUCGGAGGGCGGCAAGCCCACCACCACGAUCACCACCACCGGCACCACCACUACCCCGGCGGCAACCGGUGAUGGCAAGCCCGCGACCGGCGGUUUCGGCGCUUCUGCCACCACUACCCCGGCUCCGGGAGGGGACUCCAGCAAGACGGCUGCCGACCAGUCUGCCCCUGGGCAAGGCCUCAGCGCCUCGGCUCUGGGUGCUGCCCCGGAGAAGGAUCUUUCCCUGGACUCGAGCGCCAUCGCUCGCGGGAUGUCCUGCAAGACCGUCGAGGAGCUGCUGACCGAGUGGGCCACCGACCUGGACUCAUAUGUCGGUACUUUCCGGAAGCUGGCCUCUCGCGCGGCGGACCGCGAUGCGUCCAUUCUGGCCAAUGAGAGCCGUCUUUUGGCUCUGCACGAUGAGGUGGCCUUGACCAACCGCCUCCAGAAGGAGAUUUCUAGCAACAUCGAGUACAUCACCACUCAGCAGACCGAUCUUGAGCGCGCCAUCGAUGCCCUGGAGUCCGAGGUCACCAUCAUGCUGAAGCAGGCCGGCGACACCACCUCAGCCGAUGCGCAGCGCUUGAACUAUCUGAGCUUGGCGGAGAAGCUCAAUUCCCAGUUGGAUUCGAUGGAGCUGCGCCUCGAGGACCUGGUAUCCGACGUUAACCAGUUCCAGGAUCAGUCGUCCGGCAUCGACGCGGCGUCGCCGGUUUCGGCGGCCGCCUCCGCCACCUCCGGGGCCGCCGGCGUCGGGCAGGCCGUUGCCAGUCGCGCCAACUCCCUGAGCGUCAUUCUGGACAUCCUGAACAACCAUCUGGACACCCUGCAGUGGGUGGACAAGCGCACGACCGAAGUCCAGCGCCGUCUGUCUGCUGUGGAGGCGUCGAAGCGCCGUCUGUGAGUAGCUGCCUGGAAGGAGAGCGGCAGCGUCAGGGAGGGAGAAAGGGGGGGGGGAGGCAUCCUCCUUUCCACCACCAUCCUCGUGCGAUGUCGUACAAUCUCAUCGUGCUCCCCUUUUGUGUCUACCCAUGCUCCUUCCCCCCUGUCGCUCCCUGUCUCCUUCUUUCUUUCUUUCCCCCUCUCCUACCCUCUCCCUAUCUCCCUCCCCCCCCCUCUCUCUC